AUGUCUCUCCAGGUUCCGAGAGACGAUAGGGACGACGUCUCCAUCACUUCGGAGGCGUCUGUUCACUCCGACAUGCCUCUUCAGAGCCGUCUGUUCCAGCUUUCUGUCGGAGACUUGACCCAGCUUCACGACCCGAAAUCGCUAGCCAAGUUGAGAGCAGUCAAAGGGAUUCAUGGGCUAGGCGCCUACCUCCACACCGACUUAAACAGAGGUCUUGAUUCUGGCGAUCAAGCUUCCAGAAUAGACACUUACGGCACCAACGUGCUACCGACUCGUGCAGCAAAGGGCUUCUUUCAGCUCUGUUUUGAGGCUAUGAAGGACAAGGUGCUCAUCCUUUUGACGGUUGCCGCCGUGGUGUCGCUUGCCUUGGGCCUUUACGAGACGUUUGGCCAGGACACAAUGUACGACGAUGAAGGAAUGCCCUUGCCGAAAGUCGACUGGGUCGAAGGUGUGGCCAUCAUUGUUGCUGUGAUCAUUGUCGUUGUGGUGGGCGCCGCCAACGACUACUCAAAAGAAAGACAGUUUGCGCGUCUUAAUGCCAAAAAAGAGGACCGUGACGUUGUGGUGAUUCGGGAUGGUACCCAGAGAAUGAUUUCCAUUUACGAUCUUCUUGUGGGUGACUUGAUUUCCUUGGCUACUGGUGAUGUGGUGCCCGCAGACAGCGUUUUGGUGAAUGGCGAAGUCGAGUGCGACGAGUCUGCCCUCACUGGUGAGUCGGACACUGUGGUGAAAAAGCUGGCUGAGGAGGCGUUGGAGUACUACGAGGAAGUGUUACCCGAGUAUCCCAACGAGGAUAUCGGCUCCACGGCAGUGAAACUCAAGGAUCCUUUCUUGAUAUCCGGCAGUAAAAUCCUUUCCGGUGUCGGUUACGCUGUGGUCACCGCUGUGGGCAAACACUCCAUCCAUGGCCGGACCAUGGGCUCGCUUUCUCAAGACAAUGGCUCGACUCCUUUGCAAGAAAGAUUAGACAAUUUGGCUGAGGGCAUUUCGAAGUACGGUUUUUUGGCUGCCAUCAUUCUUUUCAUAGUGUUGUUUAUCCGUUUCUGUGUCAACAUCACUGGAAACGGCCGUUUCAGCGAUCUUCCUGGUACCGAAAAGGGUAAGAAGUUCGUGGAUAUCCUCAUUGUCGCCAUCACGAUUAUUGUGGUGGCAGUUCCUGAAGGUCUUCCCUUGGCUGUCACGCUUGCAUUGGCCUUUGCAACAACUAGAAUGGCGCAAAAUGGUAACUUGGUUCGUGUUCUACGCUCGUGUGAAACCAUGGGCGGUGCUACAACCGUUUGUUCUGACAAAACGGGUACUUUGACAGAAAACAGAAUGCGUAUCGUUACAGGCUACAUCGAUGAAGAAAACAGCUUCGAUGACACUCACACUGCCGACGUCAGUACAGAGAAAUCAGAGGCAGUGCUUGCUCGUGUUCCGCAGAAAAUUAGAGAUCACAUCCUUCCAAACAUUAUCGCUAACUCCACUGCUUUUGAUAAUCCAGACUAUGACGAGUCGAAGGUGGAAUUAGCUCGUCGCAGACCGAAGAAGAAGUCUCUUAUUGCUCACUUACUCACCAACCAGGGUGAGAAGAACCAGAAAGAACAACAGAAAUUGGGAAUGAUUUCCGAACCCUACUUGGGAAACAAAACCGAAUCAGCGUUGUUGAUUUUGGCAAAAGACAAGAUGCAUCAAUUUGUUGACGCUAGUCUCGAUCAACAGCGUGAGGCUUACACUCAAAACAUUGUCGACGUGAUUCCAUUUGAGAGCUCAAGAAAAUGGUCUGGUGUUGUCAUGAAGACUCAAACAGGCUUUAGACUUUACGCCAAAGGUGCUGCCGAGAUCGUUUUUAAAAAUUGCUCCCAUCACCUCGAUUCUGCCGGAGAGCCUAAACCUUUGUCGAGAGGUGACAGAGACAAUGUUCUCAAUACCAUCGACAGCUACGCCAACGAAGCAUUGCGUGCUAUCAUCCUUGCUCAUAAGGAUUUCGAGAAUUUAGAAAGCUGGCCUCCAAAAGAUAUUGAAGACACAACGAGAGCUGGCCAGGCCAUUCCCGAAAGACUACUCGACAUCGAGGCUUCCCCACAUGACCUUUCUGAUUCUCUAACCAUGGACAUCUUGGUUGGUAUCCAAGAUCCUUUGAAGGAGGGCGUUGAUGUAGCCGUGAAACAAUGUAAGAUGGCUGGUGUUAACGUCAAGAUGGUCACAGGUGAUAACUUGAACACCGCUAAGGCUAUCUCGAGAGCCUGCAACAUUCUCACUCCAGCCGAUUCGUCCAAUCCGUACGCUUACAUGGAAGGGCCAGCAUUUAGAGCUUUAUCUCCUGAGGAGAGAACCAAGGUUGCUCCUCACUUGCGGGUUUUGGCAAGAUCUCAGCCUGAAGACAAAAGAGUUCUCGUUGAAACUUUGAGAAAUGCUGGUGAAGUCGUCGCCGUUACUGGUGAUGGUACUAACGAUGCCCCUGCUUUGAAGUUGGCCGAUAUUGGUUUUUCCAUGGGUAUUAAUGGUACAGAGGUCGCAAGAGAAGCUUCAGACAUUAUUUUGAUGACAGAUGACUUUACCGAUAUUGUGCAAGCUAUAAAAUGGGGUCGUACUGUUGCUGAAUCCAUCAAGAAGUUCAUUCAAUUUCAAUUGACUGUCAAUAUCACUGCUUGUGUAUUGACUUUUGUCUCCGCUGUUGCCUCUUCAAACGGCGACUCAGUCUUGACGGCUGUGCAGUUAUUGUGGGUCAACCUUAUUAUGGACACCUUGGCCGCAUUGGCCUUAGCCACCGAUAAACCAGACGAUGCCUUACUAAAGAGAAAGCCAGCAGGUAGGACGAUGCCUUUGAUCAGUGUUUCCAUGUGGAAGAUGAUUCUCGGACAAUCGAUCAACCAGUUAGUUAUUACUUUCAUUUUGCACUUUGCCGGUCAUCAACUUUUCUUUGGAAACAGACCUCUCAGCAAUCAUGAGGAUAAGCAAUUGGAUGCUAUGACUUUCAACACGUUUGUCUGGUUACAGUUUUGGAAGUUGUUUGUUACUAGGAAAUUAGAUGAGUGUGACACGGUUCGUGAUAUCAGAGGGCGUCUCACAGCUGAGAAUUUGAACUUCUUCCAACACUUGUUUAGAAACUGGUACUUCGUGGGCAUUGCUCUUUUGAUUGGUGGUAUUCAGGUGCUUAUUAUGUUUGUUGGUGGCGCUGCAUUUAGCAUUGCCAGGCAGACACCAGCCAUGUGGGCCACAGCGAUAUUGUGUGGUAUAAUAUCGCUUCCCGUUGGCGCAAUCAUCCGUAUCAUACCUAACUAUUGGAUCAUCAAGAUCUUCCCAACUAGAUUUGCAAAGGCUUUCUUCUACUAUGCUGGUUUUGAGUUUUUGAGCAAGAAGAAUAGGAAGAAGCGUGCCGAGAGAGAUUUGGAGAAGAAUGAAAUUGACUCCAACGAAGAUAUGGAGCCCAGAUCCUCUGGGAAGCAACCAGACAAAGUUUUCAAAGAUAAACCUGCUGACCCUAGGGCUUCAGCACUGGCUCAUUUUGACCCCCAAUUAGAAACCCCAAAACCAAUUCAAGCCUAG